UGACGUUUCUCUUGACAGUGUGUCGAACUUAUUAGGCAUAACAAUGCGACGUGGAAGUAGCAGCAAUUUGUUAAAUUUCUAAUAGAAAAAAGAUUUCGGGAAUAAAUUCAGCUAUGGCACCGACAAAACGGCCCAACGAUUUCCUUCUGGCGAGAGUUAACUUUCCGUUAUAUACCGUGGAAAUGCUAACAAAUCGCCAUUGCCUGGUAGCUGGUGGUGGAGGCUCAUCAAAAACUGGUGUUGCUAAUGGAUUUGAAAUCUACGAAAUCUAUCACAACGGUAGACAUUUCGUAGCCGAAGAAGUGAUACGUCACGAAACGGGUGCCAAUGUUGUUAUGAAUUGUGCAGUGACCAGUGAUGAAAGACGAUCGUAUGUUGUUGCCGGCCAGGAGUCGCACUGUCAAAUGUACUUAGUCAAUUUGAAAGUGGUGGAUGAGGACGAAAUGGCCAAAUCGAAACCGACAACCGAAGACAUUCUAAGACGACGGAAGAGUUCAGCAAAACCAUCCGGUGUCGAGCCGAUUCGUUCAAAGUCCGCCGAUGUCAAUGCAAAUACAAAACACAUCAAAUUCGAAAUACAGCCGGGCGAUUCCGUUCAAACGGACUUUACUGCUGUCGAUCCACUGCAGCGUGUUGUUAGAAUCAGUCCGAAUGGUAAGCUUAUGGCAACGGGCGGAACGGAUGGCGUCGUUCGUGUGUGGAAGUUUCCCAGAAUGACAAAAUUGAUGGAAUUCAAAAAGCACACAAAAGAAGUGGACGAUCUGGACUUUAGCCCGGACAGCAAAAAACUGGUGUCGAUUGCCAAGGACGGCCUUGGUGUCUUGUGGGACAUUGAGAAUGAAAAGGAAUGGAAACGAUUGACUUGGGAUCCACCAGAGGGCACCAAAUAUCUAUUCAAACGAUGUCGUUUCGGCAUCUACGAGGGUAAGGUUGGCAAAAGUCGCCUGUUUACGAUUGCGAAUCCAUUCGGGAAAGUUGGAAAGCAGCGUGGAUAUUUACAAGCAUGGGAUCCGGACACUGGUAGCUUAACGAAUUCCGUUGGCGUUGACGAAAGCCUGGCAUCGUUGGCGGUUCGUGACGAUGGUCGUUUUGUGGCUAUUGGUUCCAUGUUCAGUGGUUCUGUGUCGAUGUACAUUGCAUUCAGCCUACAGAAAGUCUUACACAUUCCCAAUGCUCAUUCGAUGUUUGUUACUGGACUUCAGUUCAUACCAAUGCACGGCGAUGGGCCACCUAUAUCGAGUAGUUCGGAAGCUGCUGUUGUAUCAAUUUCCGUGGAUAAUAAAGUUUGCAUUCACAGCUUACAGUACCGACAUACUAUACCAGCAUGGGUGGCCAUUGUGUUAAUUAUAGUUACGGUGUUUUUAAGUUUUGUGUUUUGCUCAUGGAUUGGAAUCUAGACGGAAUUUAUUUAAAACGAAAAAAGA